UCCUGCCGGCUUCCGUAGUUCAACCUCGAUCCGCGCGGCUAAACAAAACAUCAUGGCUGCGGGAUUCAAGACGGCUGAGCCUUUGGAGUACCACCGGAAAUUUCUGAAAGAAAACUGUCGGCCAGAUGGACGCGAAUUGCACGAAUUCCGAACCACGACGGUCAACAUUGGGUCCAUCAGUACGGCAGACGGCUCGGCGCUGGUGAAGUUGGGCAACACCACCGUCAUCUGUGGGGUCAAAGCGGAGCUUGCCAACCCGUCGGUGGAGGCAACGGGGAAAGGUUUCAUAGUGCCCAACGUGGACCUGCCACCUCUGUGCUCCUCACAGUUCCGACCCGGACCGCCGGGGGAGCAGGCGCAGGCUGCCAGUCAGUUCAUGGCCGACAUCAUUGAGAGCUCGGAAAUGUUACAGAUGGAGGAUUUGUGUAUUGAGCGAGGCAAGCUGUGCUGGUCGUUGUACUGCGACCUGAUAUGUCUGGACUACGACGGCAACGUGUUGGACGCGUGCGCGCUGGCCAUGCUGUCCGCUCUGAAGAACACCAGGCUCCCCAAGGUCCGCGUGAACGGCGACACCGGCGCCCCGGAGGUGGACUUGGGAAAGCGACGCGGCUUGAAGAUUCGCAAGCAUCCCAUCGCCGCCUCCUUUUGCAUCUUUGACGACUCCGUCGUCCUGGUCGACCCCGCGGCCGAAGAGGAGCAACUGGCCACCGCUCGCCUCACCGUGGUGACGGAUGAGGAAGGACGCCUGUGCACCGUGCGCAAACCAGGUGGCACGCCUUUGUCUGGGGAGAGACUCCAAGAGUUGAUCAGCCGAGCGACGGCGCGGCAGAAAGAAAUCCACAAACUCGUCGACAAAGUCAUCAAAAGCAUCGUAUAAAAAUAGAAGGGCAAGCGCUUAUAUAGACAUAUAUAUACAUACAUAGCUGUAUAUAUGUGUUUAUAUAAGUUGUAUUUUUCACUGUCAAUAUAUAUUCAUCUGUUUUUUUUUUUUUCACAAUAAAAUGCUGACAAAAGUCAUCUUUUAAAA